AUGUAUGACACAGAUAAACAAAUUCGCUUGAUCUUGGAAGCUGCAAAAUUUGUGGAAGAUGAAGAAGACAAAAAGGCUAGGGAAGAAGCCGAAACUGAAGCUACUAGCCAAAACACCAGCACAAACACCAGUUUAGCAAACAACGCUAAUGAUGCUGAGCUAAUUACACCUCCGGAUUCAUCCACUGGAGGGAGUUCUCCUUCCAUGGAGAACGAAAUUGCAACCACCACCGUUUCAACAAGCGUUAUUGUUGUUGAGUCAGUCACACCAACAGUCAUCUCCUUUGAAGAGAGUUCUGUUCGUGCGACAAACGAAAAUGAUACCUCUACCACUUCAACAAGCGUCAGCAAUGUUAAGCUAGCUACGCCUCCAGAAUUAUCCAUUGAAGGGCGUUCUGAUUCUACUGCCUCUACUGCUUCUGUUGCAUGUACUUCAACUACGCUCAAAGGGUUGAAGAAUAUGGAAAUUUUCAAGGGUGAUUCAAAGCUGUUUACCCUAGCUACUAUUUGUGGUAACAACUUUGUAAAGCCAAGAAACAAGGAAAACAAGAUCUGUCCACCAGAGGGCAAUAAAGAGUUUUAUUCUAUUUCUCCAUCUCCUUACCCUCCUCCUGUUAGUGACAAGAUUUUAAUACCCAUCGAAGGGUCAAGUUCUCAACAUGUACAACAAGAACAAUUACAAUUACAAGAAGGUGACAAAGAAGGUAAGGUUUCUAAAAAGCGUAAAGUUCAUUUUGAAGAUGACAUUGUUGUUGAUGUUGUUUCUGAUGAUGCAUAUAAGGAACCCGUCAAGAAACGCGCCAAGAAACAAAACGCCAAGAAAAAUGACUCUGGAACUCCGAAUCCCACUGAUGCCAGUGCCGCCACUACCACUGCCACUACUAAAGUAAAGUCUCCCACUAAGACUCCUAAAUCAAAUCCAAGUGCUAAAUGUGGUCAAUGUCGAGAUGAGGAAACACCAGAGUGGCGUAGGGGCCCCUACGGCAAAAACAACAAGCUCUGUAACAAGUGCGGAUUAUUUUAUCGUAAAUUAUGUAAGAGAUUCGGUGACUAUCGUGGUACUGCCAUUUUACGGUUUAGAUUCAGGGGGAGAGAUUAUAAGGGUAUGCGUGACAUGCCAACAACCAGCGAGGAACUUAAAGAUGAGUACUUAGAUAAAUUGAAAGAGGAUAAAACUCUUGAUCAAAAUUUCAGAUUGAUCGAAGCAUCUCUAGUUAAAAAGUCUAAAAGAAGAAAAACCCCUAUCCAAAUGGUGAACGCUUAA